GUCAGCACAGAUUAAUGAAAAAACCCUGUUCCAGUUCUCUUGACAUACCAUCAAAUUUUCACUCAUCGUGAAAUAACUGGAUUUCAUCAUAAUGCAGCAAUAUUCCAGCAUUAUUUAUUCUGUGGGUGGCUGUGGGGUGGUAUGAAAGCAGUGGGGUUUGCUUUCCCUGAGACCUAAAGGAAGCUUUCAGACUGACUUAGAGAAUGUAGAUUUCAGAUAAUUCUCUAGAUGAGUGGAAUAAUUUUUUCUGGAUUUUUCUGUGCCUUUUUUUUUUUUUUUUUUUUUUUUUUUUGCAUUCUCUGUCCUUAUUGUACCAUUCCAGAGUUUACAUAUGAGGUUUUUGGAAAGAAAAUUGUUAAUGUCUCUGAUUUUUGCCAAAUUACCACAAAGGAACAAAAGUUACUUGGCAGGAUUGGGAAGGAUUGUUAUGUGGGAAGUGGGGAUCUGGGCUGGUCUUUAUCCAGCACGAGUGGCUUCCCACAGGAAGUAAUUUUAAAAUGUUUGGGAAUACUUGAUACAGCAGGAGACAAGCAGUAGGAGUCAAACUGUGUGGGUGAAAUAACCCAAUUGGGACUGUCUGAGCCCUUGCACAGUAACUCUGGUGAACCACUCCCAGUGCUUGUGCUGUUCUGUGUAAUUAGCUCUCAUUUCAAUGUUCUGCUGCUGGGUUUUUAUGGUUAACAGUGUAUCAAAUGUUUACAUCAGCCGAAAACCUGGGAAAAGCUUUCUGAGGCUUCUCUUUGGAAGGAGCAUGGAGUGCAUUAACGCAUUGCUGCUUAAUUAGUUAGCUGUCCUUACACCACGAACCUAAUUCUAGUGUCUGAUGCAUUCUUUUGGCGGGCGGUAAGAACUUCUCGUGGCCUUUUCCUUCCCCGCGGGGUGCUGGCAGGCGGUGAAUCGUGUCCGCGAAAAGCGGAGUUCCUGCCGUGGGGUCUGCUCGGAAAACUGAGCUGGGCGCCGUGGGGAUGCAGCAGCGGAGGGAGAGGGGCGGCGUGACGUCACACGGAGCGAGAGCUAGGCCGCCGUGACGUCACUUGUGGCACUGAGCAGUGUGUGUCACUCCCCCGCCGCAGGAGCGGGACCGAAGUCACUUGUCCGAGCCGCGCCGUGACGUCACGGAGACGCAGCGCGGGGCGGGGCGUUGCCGUGGUGACCGGACGCCGCGCGCGGGGCGGGAGGGGGCGCCGCCGCCGCCGCUGCACUGCGGCAAGGCGGGGCCGCCGCGCGCCCGGGGCGGGAGCGCUCCGCGCCGCCCCAUUGGCUGUUCCCGGCGCGAGGGGGCGGGGCCUCGUCACCCGCCCCGCGCCCAUUGGCGGGGGCAGUCCCCCCUCACGGCGUUCCCGCCCCUCCCCUGAGGGCGGCGCCGGGCGGCGCCGGCAGAUGAGGGCGCGGCGGGUGCGGACGGGGCGCCCGCGGGUGCCGCUCGUCCCUCGGUGGAGCCAAGCCCCCGUCCCGCUGCUGCCCCGGCACGUCCCAAGGAGGAGCCCCUGCCUGUCCUGUCCCGUCCCGCUGGCCUGGGAACCGCCAGGCUUAAGUAGCCAAAGAUGAGUCGCGGAUUCUCAGAAAACAAUAACUUCCCCUAUGACAACAACCAGAUGGUUUUGGAUAUGAUCCUGUGUUCCCUAAUUGGUGUUCCUCAGCCUAUCAACUGGGACAGUGUGGCAAGGCUGGUUCCAGGAUAUACAUCCAAAGAAUGUGCAAAAAGGUUUGAUGAACUAAAAAGCAGUGGAAGUUCACCUGUUGACAACCAAUAUAAUCCCCUGAUGGCUGCUGGUGGGAGUCCUGUGGAAACUUUAGCUACGUACAUCAAAUCCUCCUUGCUCGAUUCACAGACAGAGUUUCAGGAGCCUGCUCUCGGGCAGGAUUCCAUUACUAUAACUGGAAGGCCCAGUGCAGCCUCCACAAGGAGCUGUUCUUCAGAAUCUGAGAAAGGUCCUGUACAUAACAGUGGAGAAAGCACUGACGAAACCCAGGGGCCGAAUAUGGUGAUCCAUGUGUGCGAUGAAGCCAAAAACCUCAAAGAAGAUUUUGUGUGUCCUCGAGACCUUUUGAUUUCAGAGAUGAAAUACUUUGCUGAGUACCUGUCAGUGGAUGCCCAGCGCUGGGAGGAGGUGGACAUUUCCGUGCACUGUGACGUUCACAUCUUUGACUGGCUGAUAAAAUAUGUCAAAAGGAACUCCAAAGAGUCUGAGGCUAACGAGAUGCCCGCUUUAGAACCAUCAAAUGUCAUCUCAAUCCUUAUUUCUUCUGAGUUUUUGAAGAUGGAUUCAUUAGUAGAGAAAUGUAUUCAUUAUUGUCACAAAAAUAUGAAUGCUAUUGUAGCCACGCCGUGUAACAUGAACUGUAUCAACGCUAAUCUUGUUACACACAUUGCUGAUCUCUUCAGGCACAAUGAGGUGGAAGAGCUGAAGGACAAAAGAGACAAAUUUAAGAGUAAACUUUUCUGCAAGAAGAUUGAGAGACUGUUUGAUCCGGACUAUGUAAAUCCAGAUUCAAGAGGAAAUGCAGCAACUUUAUACAGGUGUUGUUUAUGUAAAAAGCUGCUAACCAAAGAAACUGAAAGGAGAAUUCCUUGUGUACCAGGAAAAAUCAACAUAGACCAACAUGGGAACAUUGUCUAUGUUCAUAUAAGAGACAAAACCUGGGAAGUGCAUGAGUAUUUAAUUGGCCUUCACGAGGAGCUGAAAUCCUGGCGGGAUGUUUAUUGGCGUCUUUGGGGGACUGUGAACUGGUUAACCUGCUCACGGUGUAACCAGUCUUUCCUGUGCACUGAAUUCUCCCACUGCCAGUACCAUUCACAGCCAGUUCUGUAUCCAGGUGUAGCAAGUGCUCUGGGCUCCCCUGGCACAGGAGUGUAUCCCUGCUGUAACCAAAAAGUUCUUCGGUUUGACCCUACAACCCUCCCAAAGGGCUGCAAAGUGAGGGACCACAUGGUGGAGUUACCUCCAGAAAGUGAAGAGGGGGCUGCUUUGCCAUCUCAGAGUGAAGAGGGGGCUGCUUUGCCAUCUCAGAGUGAAGAGGGGGCUGUUUUGCCAUCUCAGAGUGAAGAGGGGGCUGCUUUGCCAUCUCAGACUGCUCAGAUCUUGAAUGAUCUGCUGCAUCAUAGAGAUGUUAUAGUUGUUCCUUUCACUAAGGAUGAGAAUAGUGAUUCUGGUAUUGGGCUCGGUGAUGACAAAGGCCUUGAAUGUGAUGUGCUUGUAGAACCAAAUACACCGUGGGGCCCCAAAACUGCAGAAAUCAAUGCUUUUUUGUCUCUGAAGAACUGGACUUUGCAGCUGAAGCAGCAGUCGCUGUUAUCUGAAGAGGAGGAGUACACCACGGGCUCAGAGGUCACUGAGGAUGAAGUGGGGGAUGAAGAAGAAGUGUGCAAGAAACCAGCAGGGAGAAAGGAAAAAUUAAAGAAAUCCUACAGGCACCCAAAGAAAGCUGUUUCUUCACCAAGUGUUCAGAAAAGGGAGAAGUCAUCUGAUAAGUCAAGUUCCCGAGAUGCUUCUCCAUUCAUUGUGAGCGUGCAGCAGAACAAAUGGGAUGCCUCCAGGUCCCUGAGAUUCAACCAAGAUGCUCAAAGAGAAGAUGAUCAGAGAAGAAUGUCUGAGAUCACAGGGCACUUAAUAAAAAUGAGACUGGGAGACCUUGAUCGAGUCAAGUCCAAAGACAGCAAAGAAUAUGCAGGAGGCAUUUAUUCUAGACUUGAAGCGCAGAUAAAAGCCUCAGCACAGGUCAGUGCACGACAAAACAAUGCUGAGAAGAAUCCCAGGUCAAAAGCCCGUUUUGGUCAAGGCCGUCCAACAUAAGGAGUCAUGGACACACUUUAGCCAGAACUCAUUACUGCUUCCUGAAACUCCACUGCACUCUGACAUAUGGAGAAUGCACAUCUCUGAAAGCUUUCCAGUGACUUAUUUAUUACUUUGAGCCUUGUAAAUUAUUUUGUGCUAUAAAUGAAUGCAAACCCAAUAAGGUCUGUACUUAUUUUAAUUGUAAAUAUACUAUUUCUUAAAGUUAAAUUUAAUUGCUUUUUUUUAGGCUAUUGCGUUAAGUUGCAUAGAAAAUAUUUUAUAAAUCUACAAAAUUAAAUUAUCAGACUAGCUUUAUUUAUGGGAGAAGACACAAAUAUGCCUUUUGGUAUGCUAGAAAUACUGAAAAGGGAAAAGCAAGACUACUGAAUUCUGAAUGCAGUCAGCAGCAUUAACCCAAGUCUCCUUGUGUAUUUAUAUUGUGUUGUAUUUGAUGGUACAUUUUAGGUCAGUCUUCUGGGGAUUUGCAUUUAAAGUCCAUGACAGUACCUGUGACUUAGAGUAGUUUAAAUGAAAUUUUCAUGCAGUUCUGAGGCUUCCUUGUUGUACAUCACACAACUCCCACUCCUCUGAAGGCGGGUGGCAGGUAGGGACUAGACCUCCAAAGAUGCUCUCGGUGCCGUGAUGGUGCAGCAUUGUAUCUUGCAUGUGAACCUUUUGCUUCUCUUGUAUAUGAAAUCUGUACCCAUCCCCAUUCCUGACCCCUCCUGCACAGGACAGUGCUUUGUUCCCUUCUAAAACCCAAACCUUGUGAUGCAAGGCAGUUCUGUCUCUAACUGAUGCUAUCCCACUAAAAUUCUGAGAUCUGUUAUUAACUCUGUAUCUUUCAACAGAGAUGCAUCAUUACAAAGGCUUGUGCACGUAGAUCUUUUGGGUCUAGUUACUCCCUGAAACCUGCCUGAUUAAUACUGUUUAGAAGUCAGAUGCACUUUCAAGUUCUGUAUUUGGAGCAAUAGAAUACAAAUCCAGGGCUACCGAAAUGAAAUAACUUGCCUAGAAAAUAUGUUGUAUAUUAGCAAAGAAAAUGGCAAUAAUAAUCAUAAUGAUGAUGGCUGAAUUCAAGGAAACACGUUCUGACUUUUUGAAACAGGUAGAAAGAGAGCUCAGGGAAAGCUUAUUCCAACUCCUGGCUGUACAAUAAAUUGGGAGUUUGGAAUUAAGUCAGCAAGUUCCUGGGUGGGAGGGCAGGGUGGGGUAAGGAGAGGGAGAUUUGUUUAAAUGCUCUUCUCUCCAUUUUGGCUUUUUUUGUUUGUCUUGUUUCUUGAUGAUUUUGGUAGGUGUUAGAAGACUAGGAUAGCAAUACUUGAAAAUACUGCUGUCAAGGUGGAAGAUUUUUAUUGAAACAAUUAAAAAUCAGUGUUACAUGUGUGUUUUGUCCAAUGCUGUAGCAAAUUUGGAGCCCAAUGAAACCAACAAGCAAAAUUUGAUUUCAGUGGCUUUGAUUUGGGGCAGGAGCUGUAACUCUGCAGGAGUGCUUUAAUCUGUGUCAAAUAAAUAAGGUUUGAUGAAUGCCUCGGGCCUGUUUGCAAGUACUAAUGCAGUUUGAAGCACUUGUAGUCAAUGUUGGAAAGCUGAUUGUUGUUUGUUGAAAGUAUUAUAAAACCCAUCAGGUAUGAAAAAUGCAGUAGGAAAAGUGUUUUGCUACAAUUUUGUGACUUCUGAUAGAGAAGUGUUCCAAAUUCUCAUGGUAAAUCUGGCUAUGAAAAUUGCAGGCUGCAUAUGUGUGUGUUUAUUUUUCAUAGAACUACUGACUGGGAGAGAAAGGAAAAUUCUGCUGCUUUUGUUCUGUGGGGAAGUGCCAGUUCUAAAUGCCAGUAUUGUUUUACUCAAAAAUAUUUUUGAGCAUAUACAAAUAAUAUCCAUGAUGUGCAGUCUUUCCUUUUUUCCCCAUGCCAACCACCUUGAAUUUUUAUCUUGUAUUAAUUUUGAAAAUUUGUCUUGGUUUAAUGGAAAUAAACAUUGUUAAUU